AUGGAGCAUAUAGCACAAGCUCCCCGCCAACCAGGCUUCCCCGGCUGGACGCAGACGCCGAUCCCGGGCGUCUCGCUCUCGGCCGGCGGGCUGCUCGCGCUCGCGGACCUGACGACGGUCGCGCAGCGCACGGCCAUCAAGGGCGGAUCGUCGUGGCUGGACAGCCUUCUUCUCGUCCCGGGCUUGCACUACCAGCAGGCGGCCGACGAGGUUGCGCGGAGCGGCGGCGGCGGAUGGAGCUGGGGUUGGGACUACGGUGGCGGCGGCGGUGGCGGCGGGGUUGCUCCUUCUGCUGCAGAUGGCUUCGUCGGCAUAGUCAACAACUCGGCCUUGAUGAUGUACCUGAACCGCGUUGCGCACCAGGCGCGGGAGCGCCGUGGCGGGGAUGAGGUUGUCUUUCUUGAUGUGGGUGCCUUGAGUAAGAGAAAGGGGAGGAAGGGGAAAGAGGGUGGAGUCGAUGAGGAUGAUGGUGACGACGGUCAUGGUCUGGAUUUGGGAUGGCUCUCGCACUGGUUGUACCUGAUGAGCCCAGUUCUAACUAUCGCGGCCUUGGUCAUGUUGAUUCUGGUUGAGGAUUGGUGGGCGCUUGGUUGCAUCCUCACGCUCAUGAUAUCCCGCAUCCUCAACAUCUGGGUGAUCAAACAGCGCUCGCGAAAAAAAGUCCACUUCAGCCCACCAGAAACAGAAGCCCGACGACCGUCGACGACGACAGCAGAGUCCAGCAUGAGCGACACAUCCCGCGUCCGCCGCCACCGCCGCCGGCACGAACGACAGCAGCGCGUUACUGCUACCACCAAGCCCCCACAACCAACACCAUCCCCACAGCCAGCACUCACGUCCGCGGCGCCACCGACCAGCAACUCGACGCAGAUAACCAUAACCCUGCCCGGCAGCGCGGGCCGCGUGCGACUCCGCGGCAGGCCGGCUGACCUGCACGCCGUCACGACCGAGACGUGGAUGCGGGCCAAGACGCGGCGCGAGGGCUACCUCGAGGCGGCCGCCAAGUUGCUCGUGUACCUCGUCGCGGCCGUGAGCGGAAACUGGACGCAGGCCGGCGCCAUCGUGGUCAUGGUGCUGCUGCUGGCCAGCGCGGGGCUCCUGGCGCUCAGCAAUGGGUGCGCGAGGGGCGUCGAGGUGAACGGGAGGAUUGUUGCUGCUGGACCGGGCGGUGCCAAGGAGAAAGGGGUCGCCGAUGCUGAGAAGGAUGCCGUUCGGAGGAGUCGCGAUGGUGACGGCGGGACCGGUGGAGGAGGCUUCUAUAACAAUGGCGGUGGGAGCUGGGGUGUUGGGUCUGGGAGGGAGCGUCGUGGUGACAAUGGUGAGAUGGAUGACUGGGCUGAAAGGGGGAUGGCGGCUGGGAUUCGCAAGACGGAGGACGGUGGAGGUUAUCCCUACCUAUACUCCCCAACAAGCGACUGA